GCAAAGGUACUUUUUAAUUUUCUACAUGUGCAUAUUUUUGUUUUUUUUAUUUUUUGAAUUUAUUUGGUGAAAAAUAAGAUCUGAAAAUUGUUAAUUGUCUACGAAUUUAUGGUACUGAAUAGAAGAUGAGUAGAAAAAUAGAAGAAGAACAGUCACCUUUUUUGGUGCCGUCAAAUGUCCAGUUGUUCGGCUUUUACCAGUGGAAUGAAGCAAAGAGGCGUAAUAAAAAGGGUAGUAAAAGUGUGACUAGAUGUGUAAAGAAAUAUCCUGUGAUAAAAGAAAAAGAAACUUCAAUUGUUGCACCAACGGCCAUUACUGACGUCGAUCCUGGUUACUUCACUGAUCUUGCCGGUCGUCCAAUCCGCGAAAAGUUCUCAAGGCGUAAAUAUGUCGAGCAAGUUAACAAAGUACUCAAAACAAGACUCGUCGCUGGGUACAAUCGGGAUCAUUGCAUUAGGAUUGACCAGCAGUUUGAUGAGGAAAGCAAAAGAUUUAGCGACAUUGAGGAUCGUUAUCGCGAGUACAGUAACGCCUUUGAAAAAUAUUUGUCUGACGACCAUGAAGCCAGUAUGAAAGUGUUGGAAGAAGCUGAUCAGGAAGCUCGAAAUAGCAGCAAGAUGAUUUCAAAACGGGACCGAUUGUUCAAAGAAUUUGGACAAGUCAGAUUGGAAGUGUAUCAGUGGCGGGAAAUGUGGCGUGAUGCCAAAAUGUGUCAUGAUUUUAUCCGAAAAGUUUUUUCACCACCUCAACUUAAUGCUGCUACUGCUACUGCUGCUGCUGAUGAUUCUGUUUGUAAAGAAGAUGAAAAAUCAGAUAAUUAUGAAAGUGAAUCAUUUGUUUAUGAAGAACCAGCUGCUAAGUCAUCUCUCGAGUGUCUCGUAGAGUCAUUCGAGGAAGAGAUCAGCGAUAGUAAUCUUGGCUCCGGAGACAUAACUGUAGAGGAUCCUCUGGAGUUGUCACGAAUUUUUUCCGAAAUAGAAUCGCGAAAUCUCGACGCGCUUAUUCAUCUGGAAUCUCUGGCCAAACCCAUGGAAGAGAUGACGACGGAUGUCGCUAAAACAGAAGAACUUAUAAAAAAAGAAAUUGGAAUCAUUGAAGAAAAUAUCAAAGAGCUCCAGUCUUUGAUCGAAGCCUGCGAACAAAGAGCCGCUAAUCUGAAGGCUUACGCGGAUUAUCUUCUUCAGCAAGUAUUCCGAGAACUUGUGUGCUCGGAAUCAGUUCUCUAUCUCCAAGUUUUUAUUGAAGAUACGUACGAAAGCUGCGUGGGACCGAAUCACGCAAAGUUGGACGGGUUCACAAUGAUGCGGACGAUAGAAAAGAUUUACGAGAGUCUCAAUAUGACUUUGGACAAUUUACCAGCAGACAUUGUCAGGCAGUGCGAGAAAGAAGGAUUUACUCAAGAGAUUAAAAUAAUGCGAGAAGCUGAGGAUGCUGCUCAAAAGUUCAAUCUUAUGCAUCGACUGCUCGCUGCACUGGAGCGAAUAAUGGAACCUCCUGAAUUUAAUUUAAAAACUAAAACUACAGAUAAAGAUGAUGAUAAAUCAUCCAAGCAUGAUAGCAGAACAAAGUCAUCGGCAUUAACACCGCCAACAUCAUCUCGAUCUUCUCUUAUUGCAAGACAAAAAAAUUUACAACUAAAGCAGCUAACAAUGCCCAGAAGAUCUCGGGGAUUUUUUUCAGAUGAUAAAUCUCUCGAUAGCGAAAUCCAAGAUCUUACUUUCGAAUUUAAAAAACUCGCCGAAGACAGAAAAAUACCAGAGAAUCUGCCUUCGGAUGCCAGACGGCAAGACUGUCGUGAUUCAAUUUAAUAAUUCUUAUCAUCGCUCGCUUUUACAUAAAUUAUAUAUUUAUAUGUACACAUUUUUUCCUCAUAAGAGUUGUCUUUAAGAAAAACGUAUAAUUUAUAGCGUGGGAUGUAGGGAAAAGGAAAUGUCUUGCAUCACGCAACAUGCGUAGGCGCCCAAUGUUCCGGUAGAGAACAACUUAUCGCCUUUAUUUAUAAAAAAUGUCAUCAAUAAUUUUCCACUCGAGUUGUAAAAUUUAUCAGUUUAUAUAUUUAAAAAAAAACAAAAUUCGCAGUCCAAAUAUUACUUUAUAAUACUUACUAUUAUGAAUUAAGAGCGUAAAGAUAAAUAAUCCGUCUACAUAAAUAUCGAUAUACAAUUAAUUAUAAAAUUUCAUUGUUUGUUUUUUGUUCCUUUUUUUAUAAUUAAAUUACAAUGGUUCUAAUUAUCAAUCAAUCACAUUAGCAUUUUUCACGCGCAGACAUACUGAAGAUUUUAACGCGUAGAUAAAUAGAUCGAUUGGUUAAAACUUUAGAUAAAAUAUUAAGACUAAUAAACACAACAAGGGCAAGUAUUAUACAUAUACAUAUACAUAUACAUAUACAUAUAUAUAUAAUAAUAAUAAUAAUAAUAAUAAUAAUAAUAAUUUUCUUAUUACACUUCGUUAUAAAAACAACUUACGCGAGGAUUCUUAUCAUCUAGGACUCGAGUAUUUUUGCGACCGCAAAUAAGCGAGAGAAGUCGACCACCAUCGGCAAUUAAUUUGAAUUAUCUAAUGACGAAAAAAAAAAAAAAACACAAGAUAAAUCACUACUCGAUAUGUCAUACGUAAGCUCUAAUUAGCAUAUUAAAUAACAAGAGUGCGCUAAAAAUUUUAAGUGAUAAGAGUAAUGAUAAUUAAACGACGGAUGGUCUACUUGCUCUUUCUUAUUUGACAAGCAAUUUUAAAUGUACACAAAUUAUUCUAUAGCCGCGUUUUUUUUUACAUUACGGACCAGUGUUUAUAAUUAUUAUUAUUAUUUAUAUUUACAUUUGAAUAUUACCAGACA